GACAUGGCAUCUUGCUAUCCACCGAAAACUUACAAACAGGCAGUGAAGUACUGGACCGAUUUCUGAGGUUGAGGAUAACUCAACCAGAGAGUAGAGAAGAGUAUGUUGUGUCGUUGUGAUCACACGGGAGAUGUUUAUGGCUUUGCUUUCUUCUCCAUCUCGUCUCCUUGCACUCUCUGCUAAAGUUUCUGCAAAGACCCAUUUCACCCAGAAGCCUCAUAUAUCCGCAAUCUCCAAGAGAAACCAAAAGGCGUUGGAAAAUGGAACAAGAGUGGUGGGUUCUGCUGCCGGCUCUGAGGAGAAGAUGGAGAGAGAGGAUGCCCCUGUUGGGUCCAACAGGACGGCCUUGUCGGUGAUGGAAGCUCUGAGUAGGUUCCAAGGCCCCAAAUGGGUUAGAGGGGCUUGGGAUUCCAAGCAGUUUCCGAAAGUUGAGAAGACCAAUUGUGGUGCUGUUAUCGAUGCAGAAUUUCUAUUGGAUCUUUUAAUUACUGAGAGUAUUAAAAAUAACAAAAGGCCAUUAGUGUGGUCGUCUGCUUUCUCAUUUGGAGCAAUGACAUGGUUGAGUUCUGCACAAUUGGCAUAUUCCAGUGAACAGAUAAGAUCUGACAUGGUCUAUGAGAUUGGAGAACUUUUUGAGUUGGGCAUUCAGCUCACUUACUUGCUUCUACUGUUAGGAUUGCUUGGGGUGGGUACGUUCUUUGUGAUUCGUCAAGUUCUUGUUCGCAGAGAACUUGACCUUUCUGCUAAAGAAUUGCAGGAGCAGGUUCGUAGUGGUGAUGCUAGUGCCACCGGGUUGUUUGAACUCGGUGCAGUGAUGCUGAGGAGGAAAUUUUACCCAGCUGCUACAAAAUACUUGUUGCAAGCAAUUGAGAAAUGGGACGGAGAUGAUCAAGAUCUUGCCCAAGUUUACAAUGCUCUUGGUGUCAGCUACAUCCGGGAUGGGAAACUUGACAAGGGAAUAAGUCAGUUUGAAAAUGCUGUGAAACUUCAACCAGGAUAUGUCACAGCUUGGAAUAACCUUGGUGAUGCAUAUGAACAGAAGAAAGAGUUAAAGUCUGCUCUAAAGGCAUUUGAAGAAGUGCUCCUUUUUGAUCCUAACAAUAAGGUUGCACGGCCUCGCCGUGAUGCAUUAAAAGAACGUGUUAAGAUGUACAAGGGUGUUCCUUUGAAAUCAAAAAAGGAACGCUGAUUUUUACUAAUCAACAGACAACAAAGGGAAGAGGUAAUUUUUUCACCGGCAGUCUGUAAAUUCAGAAGCAUGAUUGAAUUUUGACUUUGUAUUUCAUUUGUCAUAGUUGCAAUGACCAUGGUUCUAUAUGUACAAGAUGGCCAAGAGUGAACAUGUUAGUGAGACUAGUAGGCAGGUGUGCAGAAAAAAACAAAGUAUUCUUACAGAGCAUUAGGGCAUGUUUCGUAUUUCUCAUUGGUGCCAUUCUUUGCUCUUUUGCUUAAGCAAGUCUGUAGUUGGGUCCAGUGUUUCUGAAGGAAACAAUACAUGUAGGAUUGGAGGGGAGUUUCUUGUGCAUACUUGAGUGCAGAAAUGUUGCUGCGCAAUGCAAUCCUAGGAAAGAAAAUGAGGUGAUCCCUCUUUACAUUCCAAUUACACUGUAAUACUGAUUAAAUGAAGGCACUCGCACAUAAUUGGCUGCUCUUUA